GGUAGGUAGUUUUAAAUGACUUUAUUGUUUUUCGAACUAUUCUCCACGAAGAUUAAUGCACAUAGGCAUGCACUCGAACCAAUUUUCCAAGCACUUAUUCCACUCGUUUGCUGGCAGAUCCAAAACGGUAUGUUUGAAUGCGUCAACUGCUUCUUUUGCUGACUGGAACCUUUGACCACGCAAUCUGUUUUUAAUUUUCGGGAAAGUAAAGAAAUCGUUAGGACUUAGGUCGGGACUAUAUGGAAAAUGGUCCAAUAAUUCCACGUUUUCUUCCAGGAAUUGUUGCAAUAUGACCCGCUUUUGACACAAAUGUCGCGACC